UGUUCAAUGAUUCCAGUAAUUAAAUGUGAACUGAAUCUGGCAUCAAUCCCUGGGACAACCCACGACCCUCCAUACAAAAACAUGUUUUUACCUGGAGAAACAGUGAGAGUCACAUGUGGGGAGAAACACUGGAUUCUGGACACGCAAACAACGGUGGCUGAUGUUACAUGUGGAAUCAAUGGAGACUGGAAUACGGAUCCGAUAUGCCAAGAGGUUACAUGCCCACGAUACAUACAAGAACCACAUUUGUAUCGUUUUGUUAACGCUUGGGCCAAAAACAAAUUAGGUGACAGAGUACAGUAUGGCUGUGACUACAACUACGAUCCUGCAAGUUCAGACAGAACAGCGACGUGUACCAGAGGCGGAUGGACACCGAAACCACUUUGUCGUGGGAGACAGUGUGAAAACCCUAACAUUGAAAACUCCAGAAUUACCAGCAGUAGUAGAGAAACUUACUCCAACAAUCACCGACUCACAUACCAAUGUUUGAGAGGGAAUCAGGAAUCUGUUACCAUCACCUGUAAUCGAGGAGUCUGGGAAGGGAUAAAGCAAUGUCCAGGUAAGAACAUCUGUGAGUAAUUUAAUUGUGUUUUGCGAACUAUUGUGAGAACCUUGUCAUGGUUUGAAAGGCACUUAAAGGAAAUAUUGACCCUCUGCAACAACUCCACUUACUCAAUUUGAAGUGCCAUGAUGUACAUCGGAAGUGACGAUCAGGAGUAUUGAACGGAGCACUUGAGUUGUCUUCCCAACAUGAAUAAACUGGCAAGUUGCUUUUGCCAGUUUAUUCAUUUUUUCGAGCUAAUUUGUCUGUGAACGUAACACACCUGUUUGGGGCUCAUAGACGGCGGUAUUUACAGAAGCUUGAAACAGCUAGC